UGGAAAUAAAGUGGAAAACAAGAUGUCUCCAUUUUGAAAGCAGAGCGGUUCUGACACGCAACAGGAAUCUUUCUCGUGUUGUUGUAAUGCAGCUUAAAGUUCGUGGCGCACCAACGAUCGUGCCAAGAAAAUGAGUUCUCUGCUUCAGCAGCAAGAAGAGUUCUUCUUUCAGGGUUGUAUACCUGUGAACAUUAUAUUUAUAAGUGAAGAUGAGUCUUCAGAUGAGACGACAGGGAACCUCACUGAAUGGAAGCCUGUCUACUGCUCAAACUGUAACACCGCUUCCCAUAUGACUGAACCGUUGCCUGACCAUGGAGUGACCCAGCAAUCGGUGAAGACUGAAGACAAUAAGGACAGUGUGAAGCGUAUGUGGCAGAAGUACACUUGCAAGCAGUGCCGCUAUACCACAGAAAAAUCCUAUAAUUUUACAUGCCAUUUAAGAACUCAUACAGGUGAAAAGCCGUACAGGUGCCCCAUGUGCAGCAGGAGCUUUCGUACUAGGAGUCAUCUCAAUCGUCACUGUCGAACAUGCGUAUACACUGACACAAAAGAAGUCGGAAAUCCUGUUUCUCAGUUGCAGAAGAGUGAGUCUGAGGAAUCCACUCUUCCUAACUCCAUAGUACAUUCUCCACUCAAGUUGAAUUAUAUCUGCCAAAAGUGCCCGUAUUCUACUUGUAAUUCUUAUAAUUUUAAUUGCCAUUUAAGAACUCACACGGGCGAGAAGCCAUACAAGUGUCUAAUGUGCAGCUUGUCUUUUCGAACCCGGAGCCAUCUCAAUCGACACGGUCUAAAGUGCACCUACACAGACAUCGGUAGUCUUACUUCGAAGUUGCAUAAGUGUGAGCGUUGUAAGUACGCCACCACUUCUUCGUACAACUUGAGGAUACACAAGCGAAUCCACACAGAUGAGCGACCGUAUAAGUGUAUCACAUGUAAAGCUGAGUUCCGCACACAAAGCCACCUUCAUCGACAUGAACGAAGCCAUCUGAAGAAAAAAAACUAGCCAGUAUGCUCACAGUGGCUGACUCUGAAUAUGAACUUUAUGUGCCAGAUACAAUAAUACGUAACAAGCAGUGUCAUUCACAUUGUAUAGUUGCUAUCUUUCCCAAAUCCUGAUGAGAGCUGAUUUAGGCAUUCAUUUUCAAUGCUAUUUUAAGUAACAGUUGUUUUUUACUAGAUCAUUUCUCUAUUGGACAAGUGCUGCUACAGUCUUUUUGUUGUAUGUUAGCACAUAAUAAACUUGGUUUGAGAUGUAACUAAAUACUGAGCCAUGUGCGUGCUAUUAGUUACGGUGGCACAGCGGGUAUCGCUGCUGUCUCACAGCGCCUGGGUGGUGCGAG